AUGGGCCCUCCGCGGGCGGCCUCGCUGGCCGGCCCCGCCGUCGAUGCCACCGCCGGCGUCACGGUCAAGGUCGAGAUAAAAAAUGGCAUCUUUGAGCUGACGCUGUCCAACCCGGACGGCAUCGUCACCGGCGUGCGCUACAAUGGCGUGGACAAUCUCAUGGAGAUUCUUAACAAGGAAGACAACAGAGGGUACUGGGACCUUGUUUGGAACCCACCAGGACAGAAAACUGGCAUCUUUGAUGUGAUCAAAGGCACCGAAUUCCGCAUCAUAUACCAAGAUGAAAACCAGGCUGAGGUAUCCUUCACCAGAAAUUGGGAUCCUUCCCUUGAAGGAAAAGCUGUCCCCUUGAACAUCGAUAAGAGGUUCAUCGUUCUCCGUGGUUCAUCCGGGUUCUACACCUAUGGAAUCUAUGAGCAUAAGGAAGGAUGGCCUGAUUUCGGCUUGGGAGAGACAAGGGUGGCUUUCAAGCUGCGGAAAGACAAGUUUCAUUACAUGGCAUUGGCUGAUGACAGGCAGAGAAUUAUGCCAAUGCCCGACGACCGAUUGCCUCCCCGAGGCCAGCCAUUAGCAUACCCUGAGGCUGUGCUCCUUGUGGACCCAAUAAAUCCUGAUCUCAGAGGGGAGGUUGACGACAAGUACCAGUACUCUUGCGAAGACCAGUACAACAAUGUCCAUGGGUGGAUGUCAUUCGAUCCUCCAAUUGGCUUCUGGCAGAUCACUCCAAGUGAUGAGUUCAGGACAGGAGGACCCCUGAAGCAAAAUUUGACUUCUCAUGUUGGCCCCACUAUGCUGGCUAUGUUUCUUAGUGCACAUUAUGCGGGGGAUGACCUCUCACCAAAGUUUACGAAUGGAGAAUACUGGAAAAAGGUCCAUGGACCGGUAUUCAUGUAUCUUAAUUCCAGUUGGGAUGGAAGUGACCCAACUAUGCUAUGGGAAGAUGCAAAAGUUCAGAUGAUGAUUGAGAAAGAAAACUGGCCAUACUGUUUUGCACUUUCAGAGGACUUUCAGAAGACAGAGCAAAGGGGUUGCGUCUCUGGUAGAUUACUAGUCCGAGACAGGUAUAUAGAUGAUCAAGACCUUUAUGCCUCAGGAGCCUAUGUAGGCUUGGCGCUACCAGGAGAAGCUGGAUCCUGGCAAAGAGAGUGCAAGGGAUACCAAUUCUGGUGUAGAGCAGAUGUAGAUGGGAGCUUCUACAUAAGGAACAUUGUAACUGGGAACUACAACCUGUAUGCGUGGGUUCCGGGUUUUAUAGGGGACUACAGAUUAGAUGCUACACUGACCAUAGCUUCAGGGGAUGAUAUUUAUUUGGGUGACCUUGUGUAUGAACCGCCAAGAGAUGGGCCGACGAUGUGGGAGAUUGGAGUACCUGAUCGAUCUGCCGCUGAGUUUUAUGUUCCUGAUCCUAACUCCAACUAUGUCAAUAGAUUGUACAUCAACCAUCCUGCAGAUAGAUUUAGACAAUAUGGACUUUGGGAACGAUAUGCGGAACUAUACCCUAACAGUGACCUGGUAUACACAGUUGGCCAAAGUGACUAUAGCACCGAUUGGUUCUAUGCUCAAGUUAACAGAAAACUUGAUGACAACACUUACCAGCCAACAACAUGGCAAAUAAAGUUCAACCUUGACAGUGUCAGUCCAAGCAGCACCUACAAGUUCAGAGUGGCUCUCGCGUCUUCUGCACUCGCUGAGCUGCAGAUUUUCUUCAACGAUCAGGACAAGGCUCUUCCUCACUUCGCCACCGGGCUGAUCGGCAGGGACAACGCGAUAGCAAGGCACGGGAUACAUGGGCUGUACUGGCUGUUCAACAUCGAUGUGGCUAGUGCUUGGCUUGUGCAAGGGGUGAACACCAUCUACCUGAAGCAGCCCAGGAGCCAGAACCCGUUUCAAGGAUUGAUGUACGACUACUUGCGUUUGGAGGGGCCGUGUGGCUGCUAA